CGCCAUACUGAGAAGCGAACGUUAUCUCGAAUACAAUACAUGGUCUCCAUAUAUACAGUAAAAAAAUUUCGUGCAGUCCGAGUUGAAUAAGCAGCGAAUAAAAAUCUGGAUAACUGUGCUCGUGCCGAUAAUUUUAUAUUCAAUUCAAUAUAAAUUUUUAAAAACGCGUACAAAUAUAUUUAGCCAUCGUUAUAAAAGUGAGGAAGAGAAAAUGGACGGAGGAGCCAACGACGGAUCAUCAACGGAGCAACACCCUCGCUAUGUUCUUCGCCCUUGGCUAUUGUUGUCGUCGUGCCAGCCACCGAAGCCGGUGCACGAUCAGAAUCCGAGUAUUUAUAAACGAAGAGAAGUCAUGGCGAGCAACAUCUCGUGUUUGCGUUGGCUUCUCACAGCAUCUUUCAUUUUUUUAGGCAUUUCCGGCGUCGUAGUUUGUGCCACCGGAAGUUACUUCGUCGAUCAACUUCACGGUUCACUGACGAAAUCGGAAUGGUACGGUCCACCGGUUCUUCUUUUAACGACCGGAAUUCUCAACAUCAUUCUUGGCCCUUACUUCUGGUUUUUUUUCGACUCAAAAUACAAUCGCCUUCAACUUUCGAUGUUUCUGACUCUGGUCGUUUUCGUGGCGAUAAUCGAAGCGAGUGUUGGGGUUUGGGCCUUAAUCGAUCACGGCAAGGUGGAUACGGCGAUUUUCAAAAUAUUGGAACACGAAUUGGCAACUGUUGGGUCAAUCGAUCAAAGAUCAGGCUUGAACAGCAGCGAGAUCAAGGUCAAAUGCUGCGGGUUCGAGGAGUCCUCGACUUGGACUGAGGACCAAGUUAUAAGCUGGUCCUGUUGCAACACGAGACCGUUGAGCGGGAAUCAGGAAUACGAAAGUGGCGACAUCUGUAGUGUUUUCUACAUCGACGAAUGUCGCGAUCUUGCCCUGCAUCGUUAUCGAUCGAUCCUGAUUUACACAUCCGUGGUGGCGUUUUGUGCGACGAUUAUACAGAUUCUCGAAGCCUUCGGCCUUCAUGCUUACGCGAAGAAGUGCGUGAAUAAAAAACGAGCUCGGAGCUUUGUGAGGAGUAUAAGUCAACAACAUUCGAGAGCCACAUGUACAGGGCUACAAUUGGGGCCGCAGCACGUUUGCGAAGGUUGCUCGCCCGUCCACUGCGUCGAAUGAUGACUUCGAAACGCUGUCUUUACGCAUUUGCCCCUUUUUACAACGACGCUCAUUCAUUUGUGAAUGCAUCUUCGAAGUAAACUUACCACUUUUAUAGAUCGAUUUUUACAGGAACGAAACACAUCGGGAUCCGCUUGACAUUACGUUUCGAGAGCGAUUAGUCAAUAAUUCGAAGAGAAUCCAUUUUUUAUUUACAAGCUCGUUUAGCAUCGUUGCAUAGCGUCUGAUCGUUUAUGAAUCAUUUCUGAAGAACGUGAGCGAAUUCUUGCGACCAGACGACACGUAUAGAUACGUCAUUUUACCAUAAACGAUAUAAACACUACUCGGACAAUGAAACGCGAGGGUGGGAGAGAGAAAGGUCGAUGGAGUGACGCGGGAUGAUGCAUUAGUCAUCGAUUAUAACCUCACAUGUGUUAACCGUCUGUUUGCCUUGAGGCACGGCGAACUCUCGAGAAAUCUCAUCUUUUAUCGCACGAUCCCGCGUAAAUUUUAGUCCUUUCCCCUCCAGCACUCUAUUCGUUGAUAUCGCGUUGCUGGACUCGUUGUUUUUGCUCUUUUUCCACCUCGCUUUGGUGAUAACCUGUACACUUUUCACAAAAAAUAAAAAGUUGAAACGGAGAUUA